CUGCCUCUGAGACCGCCCCUGUUUUCUCUGACCUCACAGUUCAACUGGUCCACACACAAACACACACAUGCUCAGGAAAGGAUCACUCACACAGGCACACAAGACACAUUAUAUAGCAAGACCUGCACACAAACGCACCUAUUGGGUUUUCGAGAGGGUCCAUGCGUAUUGCGAUGGCUACAGCUGUCAGAGGGAGUUGGGACUUGGUGGUGGAAGACGGGGUUUAGAAAACGCGGAGGAGAGGAAUACAUGGACACGGAGGUAUAAAGAAUGCAGGGGGGGGAGAGUGUGAGAACUUUGAUCAAGCCUUCCUACAGAGAUUGUUAAAAUAGACAGUGAGAGCCAGACACAGGAAUGGAAAGGACAAAAUCAAGCUAGUUAAUCUGCAUGUUUCAUUUUCACCUGCAUCCUGAUAGAAAAGGAAUUCCAUCUUGGAGGUUUAAGUUCUAAUCACACAGAGAGCUUAACUGAUGCUUCUACAUUUAGUCAUGUAGCAGACUUUAUUAUCCAGAGUGAGUACAUACAUUUUUCAAGCUGGUCCCACGUGGGAAUCGAACCCACAACUCUGGCGUUGCAAACGCCAUGCUCUACCAACUGAGCCAACUGUUGAACAUGCACUGGGUGACAAACUCAUCCAAGAAAAUGUCAUUUUUUCCCCUCCCACAACCACGUAUGAGGAUGUCCCCCGGUAGAAAAAUGUUGACUUUUUGAAAAAACACAGCAGCUUUUCAAGAGGAGGAUUUUUCAAUGUUUUUGACAGGAGGAAUGUUGGCGGGAAAUACCAAGGAGGAUUUUCCUCAAAGCCUUUCUCCCAGAUUCUCGCUGAGAUUCUCUUGCCGUUUUGGCUUUUCUUGUUGUUGCGGCGUCUUCGGUCCUCUCUGUUUGACAUAUCAUUCAUUUGAGCGGCAAUGGGAACCAGGUGCGGCGUGAAGAAAGCAACAGGGUCGCGAGAAAGGAGAGUGGCAAGAGAACCACAGCUGUCAAAAGAGGAAGGAAACAAAGAAAAGCAGAAGUAGAAAGAGCAGAGAUAAAAAGGGGGAAGAAAUAUGAGUUUGCCAACAAACUGUGUAUUCCUGGCCCCCUCCUCGGACCGGUCGUUCAAAGUGCGGAACGGGAAUAUCUGUGGAUCCCCGUGCGCAGUCAACCGGCCCAUUGACAUUGUGCAGAAGCGCAGGCGUUUUGAUGUGGAGAAUGGGCUGUCGGUGGGGCGCAGUCCCCUGGACCCCCAGGUCAGCCCCAGCUCCGGCCUGGUCCUACAGGCCAACUACCCCCACAGCCAGCGCCGCGAGUCCUUCCUCUAUCGCUCCGACUCAGAUUUCGACCUCUCGCCCAAAGCCAUGUCCCGCAACUCCUCCACGGCCAGUGAGCUGGAAGAGGGCUUGAAGCACUGGGAAGUCGGUUGGCUGCCGCGACAUGGAGAAGACAUGAUUGUAACACCAUUUGCACAGGUGCUUGCCAGUCUCCGAACAGUCAGAAGCAAUUUUGCCUACAUAACUCAUCUGCAAGAUCGGCCCAACAGGCGACCAUCAGGCAGCAACCCUCCCUCCAUACCUACCCACACCAAGUCAAGCAUAACAGAGGAGCCCUACCAGAAGCUGGCCAUGGAGACACUGGAGGAGCUGGACUGGUGUCUGGACCAGCUGGAGACCCUGCAGACCCGUCACUCAGUCAGUGAGAUGGCUUCCAACAAGUUCAAAAGGAUGUUGAACAGAGAGCUCACCCAGUUGUCGGAAACCAGCCGGUCAGGAAACCAAGUCUCAGAGUUCAUCGCCAGCACUUUCCUAGAAAAGCAACAUGAUGUGGAGAUUAUGUCUGGGCCUCCUAAGGAGAAAGACAAGAAGAAGAAGAAGAGGCCCAUGUCCCAGAUCGUUGCGGUGAAGAAGCCUGCCCUCAGCCCCAGCCUCGCCCCCACCCAGAUCCCCCGUUUCGGGGUCACCACCCUCCAGGAGGGCUUAUUGGCUACGGAAUUUGAGGACAUCAACAGAUGGGGUCUAGAUAUUUUCAAGAUAGCUGAAUACUCGGGGAAUCGGCCUUUGACGGUGGUCAUGUACUCCAUUUUCCAGGAGCGAGAGCUGCUGAAAAACUUUAAGAUCCCAGCCGACACCUUCAUCACCUUCAUGAUGACCCUGGAGGACCACUACCACGCCGACGUGGCCUACCACAACAACAUCCACGCUGCCGACGUGGUACAGUCCACCCACGUUCUCCUCUCCACCCCCGCCCUGGAGGCUGUCUUCACUGACCUGGAGAUCAUGGCUGCUCUGUUUAGCAGUGCUAUACACGACGUAGAUCACCCCGGAGUGUCCAACCAGUUCCUCAUCAACACAAAUUCUGAGCUGGCUCUGAUGUACAACGACGCUUCUGUUCUGGAGAACCACCACCUGGCUGUGGGCUUCAAGCUGCUACAGGAGGACAACUGUGACAUCUUCCAGAGCCUCAGCAAGAAACAGGGACAGUCCCUCAGGAAGAUGGUCAUCGACAUGGUGUUGGCCACUGACAUGUCCAAGCACAUGAACUUCCUGGCUGACCUGAAGACCAUGGUGGAGACCAAGAAGGUGACCAGUCUUGGAGUGCUGCUGCUGGACAACUACUCAGACCGCAUCCAGGUCCUUCAGAACAUGGUUCACUGUGCUGACCUCAGUAACCCCACCAAGCCCCUGGAGGUCUACCGUAAGUGGACCGACCGCAUCAUGGUGGAGUUCUUCACCCAGGGGGACAGGGAGAGGGACAAGGGAAUUGAGAUCAGCCCUAUGUGUGACAAACAUAACGCCUCCGUCGAGAAGACCCAGGUGGGAUUCAUAGACUACAUCGUCCACCCUCUGUGGGAGACGUGGGCUGACCUGGUCCACCCUGACGCCCAGGACAUCCUGGAUACCCUGGAGGACAACCGGGAGUGGUACCAAAGUAUGAUCCAGCGCAGCCCCUCACCCACCCUUGAGGACAGGGAUCUUGACGGGGGGGCCAGGAGCCCUGGAAGCCACACCGGGGGGAUGCUGCGCCUCCGCAGGGGACAAGUUCCAGUUUGAACUCACCCUGGAGGAGGAGGAGGGGGAGGGUGACUCAGACCUGGAGAGCCCCCCCCGAGGAGGAAACGUCACAGGGGGGAGAGACCUCUAGGAAGACCCCGGCCCUGUCUCUAUCCCCAGAGCCCAGCAGCAGAUACCGGCCCCCCUCCCCCCACCCUGGCCGGGCCCUCAGUCUGGCCACCAUGUCAGUUAGGAGCCCCGACCAUCUCAGAACAUUGAGCCCCGGUGUGGGCGCGGACGACAUAGGCGAUAGGGACAGAGAACUGGGCCAGGAAGGCAGUAGUGUAGCUUACCUACGGCUUGGCACGUAACACAAACCUUGGCCCUCCCUUCAACUCAUUCCAUCCCUGCCUUGGUUUGUGGGUCCCAGCAGCAAUUGGACAUGCAGGGUGGGCUUUUCAUCUGUAAUGUCUGUAAUGACAACAGUUCCUUUACACUGGAGACACCUUAACACUUUUAAUCUUGUAGAACAAGAAGUAUCGUUUUAUUGUCUCUUUUCUUCUGUGUGCGAGAUAGGACUUUUUAGUCCUGCAUUCUGUAGUUGAUUCUGUCCGGAAAGUGUCUUAGACUCGAAGGUAGAGAACUGACCACAAGCUAACCAGCCUCACCAAUGUCUCCUGACGACGCAAGGAAUUAUACUGAGAAAACAAUGUCUUCCUCAAAAUGAUGGAAUAUUGCAAGGAUUGUAAUCAUUUUACAGGGUCUUGGAACUUUUGCACCACACAUUUUGAAUUCAGUCAGCAUAAACUAGUAUAUUUUAUUUUGUUUAGUCUCUGAGAAUUCUGUGAAUGUUUUACCAAAUCCAGUAUGUACCUGAAUAGUGAGAGAAUUGUAACUUAAACCUCAGGGUAUGACGAGAUAUAAAUUAUUUUAAUGUAGCACGGACUUCUUGGGUACCCCUUAACCGAGACUGCCUGUUUAGAGUUGUGUUACUGAUGACAAACAGCUCUUACUGCUUCAAGUUAUGCAAAAAUACAUAUUUAUUUGUCUGGCGACCUCUAUUGAUCUCAAUUGAACAGUUCAUUAAUGAGUUUGAGAACUAAAGCAAUUUAAAUAUAAAAUAUGAAACGAACAGUACCAGUAAAUUGUAUUUCAAAAAUCCCUAAGUACUAUGGUUGAUUGGGGUACCCAAUACAAGUUGUUUUAAAUCUAGACUAACACCGCUUACACUCAUGUUUGUAAAGUUGUAUUUGUUUCUAUGUGAUCAUGUUUUACGUUGUCACAUUUUCUAUUUGAUUUGAAAUGGUUCCGUUUUGUUAUAUAUAUUGGGUAUGUCCUCAUCAUGGGUGUAUUCAUUUCGCCGAUUCUGUUGCAAAACGUUUUGCAACAAACCGUUUACUCCAACAGGAAAACUGGUUUCUACUGGAAAAAUUCAGGUAGGUCUCUCCCCGUUUCGUUCCAUUUGCUAGGUUUGCUUUGGUAAACGAUUUCCGUUGCAAGACGUAACGAACACACCCCAGGUCUGUUUGUCUCUGAGCUUUGUAAGCAUCAUUAUCAGGGUGUCUCCACCAUACAGUAGCACUUUACAAUUUUUGUUGUAGAGGAAGCCCAUUCAGUUCUAAAGAGCUUGAGCCAAACCAUGAUUUUAGUGGACAGCUACGGAAGGCUGUAGUUCAUGUCCAGAAACAACCCCUAGGCCUAACGCCUAGAGCUGAGAGGAAUGGAUAGGUGUAAGCAAUAGGAAGAAAAUUCCACCUAGCAGAGGGUGAGGUGGAGACAUUGUCAUGUAGCUUAAAGGGGCAUGCAGUCAAAAAUGUGAUAUCCUGUGUUUUAUAUAUACAUUUCAACACUGAGGUUGGAAUAAUACUGUGAAAUUAUGAUAAUGCACUUUAACAGCUAGUUCAGGUUACACAUCCCUCCCAUUAGGCUCCUCGGACCACUCUGACAGUCCUAGGUAAAUUCUUGCUGGAGAAAUGGUAUUUUGCUAAGCCAUUUGUUUCUUUUUGAGAAUUUUAAUUGAAAAUGAUCACAGUAAGGUUCUUAAUUGUUACCCAGAAAUGAUUUGAUAUUGAGAUAAAAACGGCUGCAUUGAACCUUUUAAACCUACAAAAUCCUGUCAGAUCUCCACAGGUGUCGAAGGGUUAGUGGUUGUUUCUGAACAGGGCCGCAGUGUGGACUAAUUAGGGCUUAUUCAGUAGUGUGUGAUGCUUUGAAAGUUGCAGAUAGAAAUGUAAUGAACAGCAUUGAUAUUAUUCCCUGUAGUACACAACAGAAAAUCAUGUCUGGUUUACACAAUACUGUACAUUCUGUAUUGACAUUGGAUACUUUUUCAUUCGCCUGAAUAAGCCCCUAAUGUCUUGUUUGAUUUGUUCUUGAGGGAAACUAGUUUAUAGGGAAAAUUGUGAUAAAAAUCUUUGGAAUUUGCGCAAAAGCUUCUGCCAACCUAAGUCGUUAUGAAAUGUUGAACAAAGUUCUCUCUGAACUGUUGAUUGUAAUCAUGUCAAAAUUUGACUUUAAAAUGUGUUGAGUUUCAUCAAUUAUCAGUUAGAAUUAUGCUAUAAUUUUAAUGUAAAUUGUAAUACCUGACUUUAUAUGUUGGAUGUAAUACUUUGAUGUAGAGCUCUAUUCAAUCCGUAUCGCAGAAGUUCAGUGUUACAGCGUGAUUGGAAUUUAAAGGCAAUGUUCCUGUAUAACGGAGACUGCACGGUAAAUGCUGCAUAUGUCGGCUCGAUCAGAAAUGACCUUCAUAUCGCGUAAUCUGUAAUGCUUCAGCGAUACAGAUUGAACAGAGCCCUUAUGCUCUGCUCUUCACAGGGUUAUAGCUUUUACCUACAGUAUGUGAAUGUCAAUUGACCACUGAAACAUACAUUUUCAAAGUAAAUUUCUAUUAUUGCGUUCGCUGAUUGCACCCAAUUUUUUUUAAGUUAAACUAAUACUGUACAACUUAACUAGCCCCUGCCAAAUAUAAGUACACCUAACAAAAAAUGUUUUCCAUAAGCACAAAAGGCUACUCAAUUCUCAAAUUUCUUAUUUCUAAAUCCCUGUUAGUGAGCAUUUCUCUUUUGCAAAGAUAAUCCUGACAAGUGAGGCAUAUCAAGAAGCUGAUUAAAUGGCAUGAUCAUUACACAGGUGCACCUUGUGCUGGGCACAAUAACGGCCACUCUAAAAUGUGCAGUUUUCUCACAACACGUCACACAAGUUUAGAGGGAGCGUGCAAUUGGCAUGCUGACUGCAGUAACGUCCAACAGAGCUGUUGCCAGAGAAUUUAAUGUUCAUUUCUCUACCAUAAGCCGCCACCAACGUCAUUUUAGAGAAUUUGGCAGUACGUCCAACGGGCCUCACAACCAUAGACCACGUGUAACUACGCCAGUCCAGGACCGCCACAUCCGGCUUCUACACCUGUAGGAUCGUCUGAGACCAGCCACCCGGACAGCUGAUGCCACUGGCGCACUGGAGAAGUGUGCUCUUCACAGAUAAAUCCCAGUUUCGACACCAUCUGCCCGAUAAAGUUGUGUGGGUGAGUGAUUUGCAGAUGUCAACAUUGUGAACAGAGUGCCCCAUGGUGACGGUGGGGUUAUGUUAUGGGCAGGCAUAAGCUACAGACAACGAAAACAAUUGCAUUUUAUCGAUGGCAAUUUGAAUGCACCGAAAUACCGUGAUGUGAUCCUGAGGGCUAUUGUCGUGCCAUUAAUCCGCCGCCAUCACCUCAUGUUUCAGCAUGAUAAUGCAAGGAUCUGUACAUAAUUCCUAGAAGCUGAAAAUGUCCCAGUUCUUCCAUGGCCUGCACAGUCACCAGAAAUAUCACACAUUGAGCAUAUUUGGGAUGCUUCGCACAGCUGAAUAGUGGAAUAACAUUCCACAGGCCACAAUCAACAGCCUGAUCAACUCUAUGCAAAAGGAGAUGUCACGCUGCAUCAGGCAAAUGGUCACACCAGAUACUGACUGAUUUUCAGAUUUUUUUUUUUUAAAGGUAUCUGACCAACUGAUGCAUAUCUGUAUCCCCAAAUCAUGUGAAAUGCAUAGAUUAGGUCCUAAUGAAUUUAUUUAAAUUGACCCGAUUUCCUUUUAUGAACUGUAACUCAGUAAACUCUUUGAAAUUGUUGCGUUUUAUAUUUUUGUUCAGUGUAUAUAAAAAAUCACUGAACUAUCCUUAAUGGAGGACAGUGAAAUCUGAAAAUAACAGGUCCAGCAUGGUAAACUUGCCUGGGAACUAACACUAAAGUAUUUAGUAUUUCCCGCUUACUCUUUUCCUGGUAAGGCAGGGGGAAAAGUACACAAGUAUUCAUAAAUAUCUUAACCAUAUUCUAUUCACUCAUGUUUGGUCAUGAAUAAGCAAAUAGCUAAAAUAAGAGCCUUAAAUUGUGACUGGAGAGGAGCUGAGCUGUAUCGUGGGUAAAACGUACAUAAAUCAGUGUCAUUCAGUGUUAAACGUGUUGUCUGAGAAGUUAGAAUGGUGACUUGGUCCCUUUAUUGCUUUGCUGAAACUGACAUGGUAUACCAUUACGGUUAUUGUUCUGUGUGUCUUUUUUAUCUGCAAUGUUGGACAUUAGUAUAUUUGUCUGUCAAAAUGUAAGUACGUAAGAGAUCUUAAUUUUUCUGGAGCCAAAAUAUUUCUUACAAAUUUUCUUAAUUUAACAAUAAUUUUAAAGUACAAUUUUUAAACGUUUCUGGAGUUCAGUGAAAAUGCCAAUAAAUUAUGGAAAGCUG